CAAAUUAUGUCCAGCGGCCGCGAAGAUUCAUUAGCCUGGCAGCUCGGCUUAGCCGGAGCCGCGUGCACCGUCGCGCAGGGCGCCGUGCACUGGGUCGAGACCACCAUGGUGCGCCAGCAGCUCGCUUCUGUCCAGCAGAACAUGGUCGCGACGAUUUCUAAUAUUGUGAAGACGGAGGGCGCGCCGGCAUUGUACCGAGGCUUCUCCGCCGCCGCGAUGCGGGAGCUGUCGUAUUCUUCAUUGCGCUUUGGCUUGUACGAGCCGAUAAAAAAAGUACUGGGCGCCAAAGAUCCCGCCACGACGCCCUUCUACAAGAAAGUGUUGGCCGGGUUGUUGGCUGGUGCGUUCGCUUCUGCCGUCGCGUCUCCGACGGAUUUGUUGAAAAUCCGAGCGCAAGCCGCAACAGGACCAAGGGAAUCAAUCGCUAAUCAUGCGAAACAUAUCGCGAACGGCCCCUCGAAGCCCUGGCCCCUCAACUUUUAUAGAGGCGUCUCGGCGACCAUUGUCCGGGCGUCGUGUCUCGGCGCGACGAAGAUGGCUACUUAUGAUCAAACAAAAACGUGGCUCCGCGUCAAGUGCGGCUGGCGCGACAGCGUGCCCAUGGAGCGGUACAAGCUCCAGGGGAGUGCUGCGGUCGCGACGGGUCUGGCUAUAACGAUCGCGACGUCGCCAGCGACAAAUGCGAGAACUUUCAUCAUGGCGCACCCCCCGGGCCAGUACGGCCACGUUGGCAAAGCGUUGAUAGCUAUCGUGCAACAACGCGGUUUUCUGGGACUGUUCCGCGGCUUCGGCGCGCAGUGGGCGCGGUUCGGGCCCUACGCGCUCGUCCAGUACUUCUGCUGGGAGCGGCUGCGGGACGCCGCGGGCAUGCGACCUUUGUAG